AUGUCUUCUCGUCCUCCAGUUUAUAUCGUAUCGGCAGCCCGAACCCCAGUGGGCUCGUUCCUUGGCUCCCUUUCGUCUCUCACUGCCCCUCAGCUCGGAUCCCACGCGAUAAAGGCCGCUCUUGAACGGGCUCAAGGAAUUAAACCAGAAGAUGUAGAAGAGGUCUUCUUUGGGAAUGUCCUGUCUGCAAAUGUCGGUCAGAACCCUGCCAGACAAUGCGCACUGGGAGCUGGACUCUUGGAUUCUACAGUUUGCACCACCAUAAACAAGGUGUGCGCCUCAGGUCUCAAGGCUGUCAUUCUGGGUGCCCAGACCAUCAUGACUGGUAACGCCAAUAUCAUCGUUGCUGGCGGAACUGAGUCCAUGUCAAACACCCCCCACUACCUCCCGAAUAUGCGUACUGGAGCCAAGUAUGGCCACCAGAGUCUCACAGACGGUAUCAUGAAGGAUGGCCUGAUGGAUGCUUAUGGAAAGCAGGAGCUCAUGGGGCUCCAGGCAGAGGAGUGUGCUCAGGACCACGGAUUCAGCCGUGAGCAGCAAGACGACUAUGCUAUCCGUACAUACCAGCGUGCCCAGGCUGCGCAGAACUCCGGUGCUCUCAGCGCAGAGAUUGCACCAGUUGAGAUCCCCGGUUUCCGCGGCAAGCCAUCCACCAUUGUCGACAAGGAUGAGGAAGCCAAAAACCUUAACCCCGACAAACUCCGAGCCAUCAAGCCCGCUUUCAUUCCAAAUGGCGGCACAGUAACUGCUCCUAACUCAUCCCCUCUUAACGACGGCGCAGCAGCCCUCGUGCUGGUCUCUGAAGCCAAGCUGAAAGAGCUCAACCUCAAGCCCAUGGCCAAGAUCCUCGGAUGGGGUGACGCAGCCAAGGCGCCCAGCAAGUUCACCACUGCUCCCUCCCUGGCCAUCCCCAAGGCUCUCAAGCACGCUGGAGUUGAACAAAGUGCCAUUGACGCCUUUGAGAUCAACGAGGCAUUCAGCGUUGUUGCAUUGGCAAAUAUGAAGAUCCUCAACCUCUCUGAGGAUAAGGUCAACAUCCACGGCGGAUCUGUUGCACUGGGACACCCGCUUGGAGCUAGUGGUGCGCGUAUCCUGACUACUCUUUUGGGUGUCUUGCGUGAGAAAAAGGGGAAGCUUGGAUGUGUGGGUAUUUGCAAUGGUGGAGGCGGUGCUAGCGCCAUGGUUAUUGAGUCCCUGCAGUAG